AUGGAGGACUUUCUGCUCUACAAUGGGUACCAGCUGGGCAAGACCAUUGGGGAAGGGACCUACUCAAAAGUCAAAGAAGCAGUUUCCAAAAAACACCAAAGAAAAGUGGCGAUUAAAAUUAUAGACAAGAUGGGAGGGCCAGAAGAGUUUAUCCAGAGAUUCCUGCCUCGGGAGCUCCAGAUUGUCCGCACCCUGGACCACAAGAACAUCAUCCGAGUGUACGAGACGCUGGAGUCUGCCGACGGGAAAAUCUACCUGGUGAUGGAGCUGGCUGAAGGAGGGGAUGUCUUUGACUGUGUGCUGAAUGGGGGGCCACUGCCCGAGAGCCGGGCCAAGGCCCUCUUCCGUCAGAUGGUCGAGGCCAUCCGCUACUGCCAUGGCUGUGGUGUGGCUCACCGGGACCUCAAGUGCGAGAACGCUUUGUUGCAGGGCUUCAACCUGAAGCUGACAGACUUUGGCUUCGCCAAGGUGUUGCCCAAAUCAUGCCGGGAGCUGAGCCAGACCUUCUGCGGCAGCACAGCCUAUGCCGCCCCAGAGGUGCUUCAGGGUAUUCCCCACGAUAGCAAGAAGGGUGACGUCUGGAGCAUGGGCGUGGUCCUGUACGUCAUGCUCUGUGCCAGCCUACCUUUUGAUGACACAGACAUCCCCAAGAUGCUGUGGCAGCAGCAGAAGAGGGUGUCCUUCCCCACUCAUCUGGGCAUCUCGGCCGAAUGCCAGGACUUGCUCAGGCGGCUCCUGGAACCAGACAUGCUCCUCCGGCCUUCAAUCGAAGAAGUUAGUUGGCAUCCAUGGCUAGCAAGCACUUGAUAAAAGCAAUGGCAAGUCCUCCCCAAUAAAGUACGGGGAGAAAGCAAACCCAAAAACCCGCUUCUAAAAUGGUGAUAUA